UUCUUAGGCGGGCAUCUCACUCUAUCUUCAAAUUCCUUACAUUUUUGCAGUACUGUAACCCGCUUUCUAGAUAGCGGGAUUACGGCCGGUUUGGCUACAUGAUGAACGUGAUGAUUGCUGCCUCACGCCGUCUUGCUUCGCUGCCAACUACUUGUGGUUUUUUCUUCUCUUUCUUUUAUGUUUCUUUUUCGUGUGUUUGUGCUGUUGCCCUGAAAGACUAUUUUAUUUUGAUACGACACUUAAUUUUGUUGUAUGAACGUGAUGAUUGCUUUAUUUAUAAACCUUGUUUCAAGAGAAGGCAGUGUCAACUCUCCAGCCCCAUGUCAACUAAAGUUUAGUUUUUUGUGAGCCGAUCGAGUCGUGGCCUCCUCGUGGGUACAAAGUGGUGGCGAGAGAAUUCAGGCUAGAGCAGGGCCCACUCUUGAGCGACUUGCCGUAGACACUCCGGGGUGUAGUGUCCCCCCAGGCGUUAACUAAGGUUAUACGCGGAGUACCGAGUCCUGUUGGAUAUGUUGGGCAUGUGUGUGUGCGCGCCUGACCACAACGGAGAAAUUAACGCCGCGAGCAAUGGCGGCCACGCCGUGGCUUCUUCUUCUCUGCCUCAGCCUCGCCGCCGGAGGCGUACUGCAAGCUCGUGCCCAGCCUGACAGUAACGGAUUCAUAAGCAUAGACUGCGGACUGCAGGGGGAGGAGGGCUACGUGGACACGGCCACCAAGCUCUCGUACUACCCGGACACCGGCUUCACCGACGGCGCCGGCACCUGCCGCAACAUUUCGGCCGACUACAUAACGCCGUCCUUGUGCAAGUGCAUGUAUACCGUCCGCAGCUUCCCAUCCGGCCCGCGGAACUGCUACACGCUCCGCUCCCUCGUGCCCGGGCUCAAGUACCUCAUCCGGGCCAAGUUCAUGUACGGCAACUACGACGCCCUCCGCCGGCCACCCAUCUUUGACCUCCACAUCGGCGUCAACCACUGGCACACCGUGAACAUCACGAAGCCGCAUGUGGAGAAGUCUGUGGAGGCCAUCCUUGUGGUGCCAGACGACUUCGUGCAAGUUUGCCUGAUCAACACCGGCGCUGGGACGCCCUUCAUCUCUUCGCUGGAGCUCAGGCCGCUCAAAAAGACGAUCUACCCGCAGGUGACUGCAGCACACGGGCUCCUGCUCUCUGAGAGGAUCAACUUCGGCCAGAUUGAUGAAAACAACGUCAUCAGGUAUCCUGGCGAUACAUAUGACAGAAUAUGGACGCCUGUGGUCAGCUCUGGAACAUAUACCGAGGUAUCGACGACGAGCAAGGUCAUACCGGACAGCCUCUUUGAGGUACCGACGACCGUGAUGCAGACGGCGAUGAGGCCACGAAAUGUCUCAAGCGGCAUGUCAUUGUCUUGGGACCCUGAGCCCCAACCCAACAAUCCAUCGCCAGGGUACAUCAUCAUCAUGCACUUCUCUGAACUAGAGUUCCUCCUGUUCAAUGUCACACGUGAGUUCUCAAUCAACCUCAACAAUGAGCCAUGGCACCCAGACAACAUCAUGCCCAAAUACCUCUACGGAGCCGCCAUCUACAAUAGCGUCCCCUCCUGGAAGAGCCGCUACGACAUAUCCAUCAUUCCCACCGUCAGAGCAACGCAACCGCCUAUCAUCAAUGCUAUUGAAACGUACACCGUCGUCACCACCACCAACCUUGGCACCGACUCCCUGGAUGUGUCUGCGAUCAUGGCAAUCAAGGUGAAGUAUCAGGUGCAUAAAAACUGGUUUGGCGACCCUUGCGGCCCGGAGACUGUUAUGGUGUGGGACAGGUUGACAUGUAGCUACGCCACUACAAGCCCCCCGAGGAUUAUACGCUUGGACUUGUCCUUGAGAGGUCUGAACGGUGAUAUCUCAUCUUCUUUCACCAAUCUCAAAGCUAUCCAGUACUUGAAUCUAUCAAACAAUAACUUGGUAGGGUCAAUUCCAGAUGCCCUUUCGCAGUUAACUUCAUUGACAGUUCUAGAUUUGUCACACAACCAGCUCAAUGGAGCAAUCCCAUCUAGACUUCUCAAAAGAGUUGAAGACGGCUCACUGAAUCUAAGAUAUGGCAACAACCGAGACCUUUGCGCCAAUGACAAUUCAUGUCGGCUGGAACCUAAAUGGAAGAGCAAUCUUGCCAUCUAUAUUGUCGUCCCUGUGGUUGUGUCCAUGAUUGUGGUGAUAGUAGUGGUAGUACUCUUGUGCUCACUAAGACGUAAGAGACAAGGAUCAAUGAAUAACUCCGUGGAGCCACAGAAUGAAGCCACGACGAGCUAUUUGCCGGGAAACAAUGCUCAUAGGGACAGUUUUUCACUACAUCAACUUGAGAGUCGCCGGUUCACGUACGAAGAGCUCAAGAUUAUAACAAACAACUUCCAACGAGUACUUGGCCAGGGAGGGUUCGGGUACGUCUAUGAUGGUUUUCUGGAGGACGACACUCAGGUGGCGGUAAAGUUACGGUCUCAUUCUUCCACUCAAGGUUUCAAGGAGUUCCUUGCAGAGGCUCAUAUUUUAACACGGAUUCAUCACAAAAAUCUUGUCAACUUGAUUGGUUACUGCAAGGAUGGGGAGUACAUGGCACUUGUCUACGAGUAUAUGUCAGAGGGAACCCUGCAUGAGCAUCUUGAAGGCACCAAACACAAUGGAGGACGUUUAUCGUGGAGACAAAGACUCCGAAUCGCACUUGAUUCUGCACAAGGGUUGGAGUAUCUACACAAGGGGUGCGACCCACCUCUAAUUCACAGGGAUGUAAAGGCCUCCAAUAUCCUCUUGAACGCGAGGUUAGAGGCUAGGAUUGCUGACUUCGGCUUAUCCAAGACUUUCAGUGGCGGAAAUGACUACGUGUCCACAACGACACUCGUUGGCACACCCGGAUAUGUCGACCCCGAGUACCACGCAACUAUGCAGCUAACAGCUAAGAGCGACGUGUACAGUUUCGGUGUCGUGCUACUGGAACUGGUCACGGGGAAACCCGCCGUAGUGAGGGAGGCGGCACCCAUCAACAUCAUUCAUUGGUCACGACAACGGAUGGAGCGGGGAAACAUUGAAAGUGUGGUUGAUGCACGUAUGUGUGGCAUUUACGAUGUCAAUAGUGUGUGGAAAGUGGUGGAAAUUGCACUCAAGUGCACUGCAUGUGUGUUGCCGCAACGACCCACCAUGACUGACGUGGUGGAUCAGCUGCAAGAAUGCAUCGAGCUCGAGGAAGGCCGCACCAUUGAAGUUGGAAACAAUGGCUUCUAUACGAGUGGUGGCAGCGACAAUCCGGACUUGAGUUAUAAUGCUUAUAUUGCUGACCAUUCCAGUGAUAGUACUACAUUUCAGACUGAACACGGUGUCAAGAGGGUGCAUUCAAUGCCCACCGGUCCUGCUACACGUUGACAACUCCUAUAUUGGUUUGAGAAUUUCGUAUGAAUGCAACAAUAGAUCCUACAUAUAUAUUUAUUCUCUUGAAGGGAUCCAGACGAGAUACUGAAAUUCUUUUGCCGAAGUGAGUGCACAUGGAUUGAUAUAUCAAAACUCAU